AUGAUGGUUAUAGGAGGAGAAGAUGGAAUUGUAAAAUUAUGGAAAGUCUAAAAUUGGGAACCCAUAUUAGAAUUCAUAGGACAUACAUCAUUUAUUUGGACUGUUAAGUUCUAGUUAUUCUAAUCUAAUUAUAUCAUCUUAAACCAAAGAUAUUCUAAUUUGGAAUAUACAUCUGAAUAAUAAUAACAAAGAAUUUAUUGA